UUUGCCUUGGUGCCGAGACUGUUGGGUGUUGUAAACUGUUGACUCGUGGACAUUUAACAAGACAAAACAACUAUGAACAUGAAAUAACAGUAUAUAAGGCAACACGAUGGAAUUUCCGUUUUCUGUAAAUAAUUUACUCGGUUCCACAAUAAGUAAAUUGGAUAAUACUGUGACCCCUUUCAGAAAAAACGCUGAUGGAUAUGAUGCAAGACAGUUACGCAGACAGCUUAUGGAAGUCAUCGACCGAAUGGGAGAAGCAUCUGCGAGGGCUCAGGGUCUGCGAACUAUAAUUACCACAGGAAGAAAACUGGAAUUGUCAGAUCAUAUUCUUUAUGUAAUGCGAGAUGAUCAAUUAAAUGACAACAAAGGUGCUGUAAUUGGAAUACUAAAAAUUGGAAAUAAAAAGUUAUUUGUCUAUGACACCAAAGGCCGUGUUCAUGAAAUGGAGCCAAUGUGUGUUCUUGAUUUUUAUGUUCAUGAAUCUCGACAAAGGAUGGGAUGUGGUAAACUCUUAUUUGAGUACUUUCUAAAGGACCAGGAUAUAGAUCCACGUCAUUUAGCAAUAGACAAGCCAUCCUUUAAAUUUAGCCAGUUCUUAAAGAAGCACUACAACCUAAAAGCAGAACUUCCACAAGUGAAUAACUUUGUUGUGUAUGAGGGAUUCUUUAGUAGCCUGACAUCUCAGGACAAUUCAAGAGGAAGAAGAGGAUACUCCAGACCUCCACUACACCCAAACACAAAUUAUAAUAACUCUGAGGUGAAGGCUGGGAGACGGCAAGGUUCCAGUCACUAUAGAUACAGGAACUCACCAUCUAGUCAGCUAGAGUCGGACACCUAUGAACCAUCCAAUCGAUCAUCUCCAAGGCGAGGAGAAAACAUGACUCCUGAAAUAAUUCCCACCCCUCCAAGAGCCCCUUCUCACACUGAAGUGUUGGAGAGACUUCUAAGUGAAAGAGACAAAAUCAAACAAUUAAGGGGCACCUCUCCUUCCACUAAACAUCGCACAAUUGGUGCAAGUGCUUCUCAUUAUACUCGUCACUCCAAUACCCCUUCUGAGACAGACUCACGGCCUAAUACAACCUCUGUACUCCACUUGCAAACCAGGGGUAGUGGGGGAAGAGGAAGCCGCCACUCACAGAACAGGAAUCAGAAUGCAGGGACCAAUGGAGACAGAUCCCCUCCUCUGCUUCAAAGGGAACCUCCCAUCAAUUAUCAGGAGAAAAUGAAUCUUCAUCAGGAUUACAUGGGCAGAAAUGGGCAUCUUAAAGUUACAAAGGGAAUUCCAUCCAGUUUACCAUCCAUUAAUAAUCACCAGAGUAAAACGCAGUACAGCGAGAAUCCAGCAAGCAACAUCCUGGCUGGAAUCCCAACCCCUUGGAAGGGAAACUUCCCCAGCAACUCUAACUGGACUGUGUACGGGGCCCCCAAUAACUAUCAGACUAUUGGCUCAAGGCAUUACAAUCACACCAGACUGUGGUGAUAAUGAUAAGAUCUCAACAAAAUCAAAAGAGGUUUUCAUUUUCGUCUUCUCUUGAAGCAUGUGUAUUUGACAUAAUGGCCAGAAAUGCUCAACUCUCAUUUACCAUGGACAAAACUCUGUACAUACACUGUAGUUAUUUAUUACUGAGACAUAUGAUUGUAAAUGGUGAAUAACACCAAAAGUUCAUGUGGACUCUUACCUCUGCAAUUCAAUAACAAUACAAUAUUUCUUCAGUUGCAUAAGAGUGUGCCACUUGAAUUAAGAACAUAUAUAUGUUGUAGAAUAUAUUUUGCUUAAAAUGUCUACUUCUUCUUAUCACAUACAUUUUAUUGGUGGAAUUUGGAGGAGGGGGUGUCUUUAGUUUUACAAAAUUAUGAAAUUGAUUAGGAUUCAUAAAGGUUUAUCUAUUUUUUAUCAUUUGCAUUUUAAUUUCUUCCUAAUAAAUGCAACUUGCAGUUUUUCAAUUUUAAAAGUUAUAGGGUUUCCAAUGAACAUUUUCUGUCAAAAUAUUAAAUGUGCUUUAAGUAGAUGUAUUAAUCUGUUUUGAAUUUGUUGAUAGCCCUUCAGUUAGUUUUAUUGUGCAAUUUUAAAUCUGUUUUCUAAAACGGUUUAGAGUUUUAUGAACAUGCAAGUUAAAUUGUGUUAAUGAUGUUUGAAACUGCCUCUUGGUUGAUGGUGUUGUUAUUAUAGCAAUACUGACUUUGCUCAGGCUUAAAAUGUGUCCAUCCAUACAGUACAUUGAACUGUAUAUUGAUACAUUCUUCUUUUAUUCAAGAGGUGCUGUGUUUAAAUGUUUUCAAAUGCUAGCACUUAAACUACUAAUUUUUUUUUUAAAAAAAUGGAAUACAUUUAAUGCUGGUUCAUGAUGUCUCAUAUACCCGUUAAUUAUCUACAUGACUAUAUAUUUCACAUUUACAUUGACUAUUCGAUGUAAAAAAACAUGUACAUACACAAUCUGCAAUGGCGUUCACAAUGAACAAUGAUGUUAACUGUUUAUAAAUUGUAAUCAUUAAAUGCAAAUUUAUUUAUUUAAUUGGUCCAUGGUGGUAUAUUUAGAUAGAUAUUGGAGGUAUACAAAUAUCCACUAGUAAAUUAAAUAAAAUGUAUGUACAUGUACUAUACUAGGAUGAAAUGCAGUAUAAUACUGUGUGCAGUUUUGUUUGUAUGUGCUUUGCCAUUGAUAGAUAUAAUCUAAUUAUCAGUCUUUCUCGAGUUCAUAUUUAGAGCUUUUGGGUGAGCUGCAGCCUGCUGAAAUAUAACUUUCAAUGUUGUUUGAAAUAACUACAUGUAUUAACAAUUAAGUUAU